AUGGCGAUAUGGCCAUUCGGUCGGAAGAACAAGCGGCACACAAUUCAGUUGGAUGCUCCUGCUGUGACAGAGGUCCCGCCGCAGGACCCUCGCCACAGCUUGGAUGGCAGCAAACUAGGCAGCAAACCUUUCCGCAAACACUCGAAACGUCAGAAGAACCGACAUAUUUCACCCACUGAAGACUUCCCUAGUUCUUUGCACGAUGUUCCCCAAGCCCCUCGAUCAGGCCAGUACCCCCCAUCCAUGUCACACAGCGAGCAACCAGCUUCGAGGGGACAUCGGCAACUAUCCUCCCGGUUCGGUCCUGACGGCUACACUUCACAGCCCAACGCAAGCCAUGACAUGCCUUCCUUGACUCGAUCUGGAUCACUUCUGAAGGCGAAGCGAACCGCAAGUGGACCGGCCGUCCUCAAGAAGAAACUAAGCAAACGCAAGGCAUAUGAGAUUGCCAGAGAACAAGAGAUUAGACUGAUGGCUUCUGCCCCGAUUGAUAUUCCCCGCCGUCCGUCGCCGCUCCCUAGUGAGCAUUUCUCUAUCGACACCCGCAAAGGCCUCAGGGCCCCGAGUCGUCGGUCAGAUCGCCACCUGUCUGACGUCAGUUUGUCCGUCCGUGACUCAGGUGAAUCGUCCUUAUCCGACGUUCUUGAGUCUUACACCUUCAAAGUCAACACUUUCGCCGCUUGGACCCCCCGUCCAAUCAUCCGAUAUGUGGAAGCUCCCAAGGGCCCGGUUACGAAAGGCCAGAAGUUGCCCGAGACAGUCAACAAGAAAGACAAAGUGCCGACAUUUGCUGCGAAUGAUGAGAAUGUCCAUGCCAGUAAGAGGGUAAAUGACCUGGCUGAUGCACUGGACGCGGGUGCUUUACGAGAGUUGUUGGAAAGAGAUCGUCGGCGCAGGGAGAGGAAGCAGGCAGAAGACCAGGAAAAGUUGCAACGCAGGCUGCAACAAGCCGCUGACCAGCAGCAGCACCUGGACAAGGAUGCGGCUGAUCUCCCCACUUCCGAGCCCCAAGUUGAGGGUGUUUCUAGGCCUGAUGACACCAAGACUUUUCUGAGUGGUACCCCUUCAGGGUCAUGGCUUCGAAGCGCCUCGAAAGAUUCUGAGGGGCGAGGCUGCGAAACCCCGGAGAGUGUGCAUGUGAUUGGCAAUAUUGACGAAAGCUCUAUCCGUGGGCGUAAGGUGGUCCCACGACGUAGUUUUGCUCCAUCCACCGAGAUGGGAAUGUCUCGCAGCAGUCUCACCCCUUCUCAUUCGCCGUCAAGGCGUGGGGUCUAUAGUCCGACGUCGUCACACUUAUAUGGUAUAGGACGGGAAUCAACGUCAGAUAUCUCGAGGACCGUUGAUUCCGACCGGCGUCUGUCAGACCAUAGCAGUGGACGUGUGAAUGCCCUGACGUCGAUUUUCCGCCGGGGAAGUUCACGCCUGAAGAGAAGUUACCGUGAACGUUUCCAGGAACGAAGUCCCGAGCCUUCGAAUCCAUCGCACGAGUCCUUCUUCAAAGUUCAAACACAAUCCUCGUCCGGCCCGGCCCCGUAUGUUCCCCCCAAGGCAUUCCUUGGCACGGGCACGAUCAAGCGCUCCCAAUCCAAAUUCACGGAACACUUCGGUGAUGAACCCCUUUCACCGCCAGAUUCAAGACUACAGUCGCCCGACAUACCGGAAGUGGACGAUGAAUUCGAGAGGGAUGAUGGUACUUCUGAUAUCAACAUGGUAACUCAGUACCCUAUCCCAAGCUCUGCCUCAGGUUCUCGCAACAAUCAUCAUGACUCGUGGGGUGGCGAAAGCUGGGACGCUAAUCCCGAUAACGUUCCGCUGUCGCAAUCACUAGCGUCCAUCGAUUCCGAGGGAUCAUGGAUGUCAGGGCAGUUCCUUCGCCGCAUCUCGCAGAGAAAGCCAAGCAACCCACUCCGGACCAGUCUAAGUUCUUCGAGACAUAAGCUUGAGGAGGAAGGCCACGAGGACUCCCUCCAAGGCGACGAAGUCUCGGUGAAUGAACCGCUUCCGAGCUCUGGGACUGAGCAGGAUGAGUCUUCGCGAGCUGGAUAUGAGGCAGGCACUCAGCAAGACCAUGUAUUGACUACGGACCAUACGCAAGACCCAGCAGAGGAAACUUGGCAUGCUCAAGUUGCCAGGCGUCCCGUGUUGGUGAACCCAACAGUCCGUCCUAAGUCAAAUGAGGGCUUGCUUAGAACCAUUCUCUCUGCCGAAGAGGAGUUCAGUCCCAUUGAAGAACACUCUGCUGAUUUUGAGUUCGACACUCACGAAGAGUACGACCGAGGGCGUGCUCUUUGA